AUGGCGGCAUCUCUACCCAUACCGAUUCCCGCGACCCCAAGAAGCUACUUCGUCUUCUUGGAAGGGUUUCAGUACCAGAUGUUCGAGUCGAGAUUAGACCCGGAGCGAGUCGUGGGUCUCCCGCUGAGGGAGUUGCCGUCCGGCGAGAGAGCCCCCUUUGUUGAUCCCGAGGUGCCAAUCGUCACCCUGAAUCUCGCCGCGCCGGCGAUUCGAUUCCCCGACGUUACCGGGCGUUUCCUCAGAGUGGUUCCCUAUACGGCCAUGAUCGGUCCUGACGACACGACCAUUAUCAUCGCGCCGGUGGCGGAGCAGACCCACCGCCACGGCUUCUACGUGCUUCGCUCGUUCAGCUUCCUCCGUCAACGGCUCUGGGAGGCUUCAGGUUGGAGAUUUCUGAUCAAUAUACGGCCAAGGAGGAGAGAACCCCAUGAUAUGGUUGAGAGUAUACUGAAGUGUGGGACAUUUGAGGCCCGGGUGACUUUCCGGAGUCCUUACGCCGUGAGCUCUGUGCUGGGUGGUGCUGGGAGAGUCCGGUAUGCUUUUUGGGACGGCAUACGACGAGAUGAGCUAUUGCUGAAGUCAGACAAGAGAAUGCUGGAAAUGCUGGAAGACAGGCCAGACCGUGAUAGCAGACUUCUCAUCACUUUUGAUGAUCAGCUCCAUUAUGCAGAAUUGCACAACUUUUUCAACAGAUUUGGAACAGUAAACCAUGUGAUAUUGCUGGAUGCUGAUGUUGGGCAGCCCAGGGGAGCCGUUGUCCUCUUCCACAACCCUGAAGCUGUUAGGAACACACUGAGAGGUGCACAAGUGCUGACCCUGUACCAUGGUGAGAUAGAGAUUAGAGUCAGGCCUUACCCAACAGCCUGAUCUCCUGAUCGAAGCAUCGACUUAGGGCAAUGACACAGAUUGGUUUGUUCUGCUUGGGAAAUGUGGUGAAGUGGGUCGCCUUCACGAUUUACUUCUACGAUUGCAAGAACCGUGAAAUAGAGAGGAAGUUGAUAAUGA